GCCGGACAGGGAGGAGGCCUCAGUGAUGCCCCUUAUCAAAUCUGGCUUUAAUAGGAGAUAUGUGGAGAACACCAACACGAUGGCCUGUUACAAUGAGCUGCUGCAGCUGGAGCGUGGAGAAGUUCUGGCUCAGUUCAAACUGAGGGCGUGUAAUGCUAUCUUCACAGCAUUGGAGCAGAGCCAGGAGGCCAUAGAGAUCACCAAUGAGGAUCAAGUCAUUCAGUAUGUGAACCCUGCCUACGAGAGCAUCAUGGGUUACCAGCAAGGUGAACUAAUAGGGAAGGAAAUAACAGAAGUGCCUAAAAGUGAAAAGAAUAAGCCUGAUCUCCUUGAAACCAUAAACUCCUGCAUACGGAAAGGAAAGGAGUGGCAGGGGAUUUAUUAUGCCAAAAAGAAGAACGGGGACAGUGUCCAACAAAAUGUGAAGAUCACACCUGUGAUCGGACAGGGAGGUAAAAUCAGACACUACGUGUCUAUCCACAGGCCUUUACAUGAUCAGAAUAAGACAUCCAGUGAACGGGUGCAGGCAGAGUCUCAGACAGACAUCCAAUCCAGUAAGUAUAAGGACCGGAGGAAAGGCUCGUUGGACGUCAGAUCGACUACGUCUCGAGGGAGCGAUGGCAGUUCCCAGAGAAGACACUCCUCCAUGGCCAGAAUCCACUCCAUGACCAUCGAAGCUCCAAUCACCAAGGUGAUCAACAUCAUCAACGCAGCCCAGGAGUCUAGUCCAAUGCCCGUAGCAGAGGCCCUGGACCGGGUCCUGGAGAUCCUGAGGACCACAGAGCUCUACUCUCCUCAGCUGGGCACCAAGGAGGAAGACCCUCAUACUAACGACCUGGUGGGAGGACUGAUGACGGAUGGCUUGCGCAGAUUAUCAGGAAACGAAUACAUCUUUGCUGCGAAACAGCCCCACCUCCCAAGUCACCUAGCCAUGCCCCUGUCGUUAAAUGACAUCCCUCCUCACGUUGCCCAGACAAUGGAGAAUGAAGACUCCUGGGACUUUGACAUCUUCAACCUGGAGACUGCCUGUCUGAAACGGCCUCUGACCUAUCUGGGCCUGAAGAUCUUCUCUCGGUUCGGGGUGUGUGAGUUCCUGAGCUGUCCCGAGGCCACUCUCCGCUCCUGGCUGCAGGGGAUCGAGGCUAACUACCACUCCACCAACUCCUACCACAACUCCUCGCAUGCUGCCGAUGUCCUGCACGCUACCUCAUACUUCCUCUGCAAGGAGAGGGUCAAGCAAAGUCUGGAGCAGAUUGAUGAGGUGGCGGCUCUGAUAGCAGCCACGGUACAUGACGUGGAUCACCCGGGACGCACCAACAGCUUCCUGUGUAACGCAGGAAGUGAGCUGGCCAUCUUGUACAACGACACGGCCGUGCUAGAGAGCCACCACGCUGCCCUUGCCUUCCAGAUCACCACACGGGACGACAAGUGUAACAUCUUCAAGAACAUGGAGAGGAAUGAGUACCGUACCCUGCGUCAGGCCAUCAUAGACAUGGUGCUCGCCACAGAGAUGACAAAACACUUUGAGCACGUCAACAAGUUCGUCAACAGCAUCAACAAGCCGCUGGCCGCGCUGGAGGAGAACGGGGGAAUCGGCGACGAGGAGUCUGUCAAAGGCAUCCUAACGUCCCCAGACAACCGGAUCCUUGUCAAGCGCAUGCUGAUCAAGUGUGCCGACAUCUCCAAUCCGUGCCGACCGCUGGAGCUGUGCAUAGAAUGGGCCGGACGCAUCUCAGAGGAAUACUUUGCACAGACUGACGAGGAGAAGAGGCAGAGUCUACCGGUGGUCAUGCCUGUGUUUGACAGGAACACCUGCAGCAUUCCUAAGUCCCAGAUCUCCUUCAUAGACUACUUCAUCACAGACAUGUUCGACGCCUGGGAUGCGUUCGCAGACCUUCCCAACCUCAUGCAGCACCUGGACAACAACUUCAAGUAUUGGAAAGGCCUGGAUGAAAGGAAGCUGCACAGCCUGCGUCCCCCCCCAGAGUAGGAGCACCCUGACUGGGGUCGACGCCAGGCCCCGGGCCCCUCCUUGGUUCCUGUCCGCCUGCGUCCCCCCCCCCAAGAGUAGGAGCACCCUGACUGGGGUCGACGCCAGGCCCCGGGCCCCUCCUUGGUUCCUGUCCGCCUGCGUCCCCCCCCAGAGUAGGAGCACCCUGACUGGGGUCGACGCCAGGCCCCGGGCUCCUCCUUGGUUCCCGUCCGUCCAGGGGCCACCAAGCCUUCACUCUUCUGCUUCUGUGACACAUACAUCAAGCGUCCACAUGUCCGUCCAACAGAGACAACACACAUGGACGGACGGACGUGCUACAGCAACACCAGGCUCUUGCUUCGUAUAUAAAACCUCGCUAGCUGAGGAUGGAUGAUGGACAGACACACGGCGCCUCAGAGUCCUUAUAAACUACCAGUGCCUGGUGGGCUUGUCUGUAUGCUCCUACUGCUGCCAGGGAGGCUGUGUGAGGGACUGUUCUUCUCCCAGCCAACCUGGUGAUGGACGUACCAUCCCCUUAGUACUCACACACGGGUUCCCCCUGCCUCUCUCUCUCUCUCUCUCUCUCUCUCUCUGUCUCUCUGUCAGUCAGAGACCGGCUGAUGUUACUGUCUCUCUCUCUCUCUCUCUCUGUCUCUCUGUCAGUCAGAGACCGGCUGAUGUUACUGUCUCUCUGCAGACUGACUGCACUGUUGGUUAGAGCUAUGGAGAAACACACAAACAAACUGAACAUUGAGAUGUCAGGUGGUUUCAAGUCUCAGGCACCUCCAAUGAAAAACUGUUUGGAGGAUCAGCUGAUGGGACAGGUCACAUUACACAGUUUUUCCUCUUAAAUGGCACCCUAUUCCCUAUAUAGUGCACUACUUUUAGGAUAAAAGAGUCUAUGGGGCUCUGGCCAUAAGAAGUGCACUUUAUAUAGAGAAUAGGGUUGCAUUUGGGAUGGCCAACCAUGUCAAAUCCACGUCAGACCGUACUACCCAGUGUGUGGUGGGCAUUCCGACCGGAUAAAUCCCUAUAUCGCCCCCCAGUGGCCACCAGGUCGAACUACACUCCACCUCCACCAGCUGCCACCAUCACCUUUUACUGUCUUCUAGCUGUACUUCCUUUGCUUCUUUGUCCUUCAGAAGCACCUUGUCCACUAGAGGACCUGUAGCGACGGGAUGGGACGCGAGGCCGUCCUAAACACACUAAAAUUGUGUUCCAUAUACCAACCUAUUCCCUUUAUAGUGCACUACUGUUGACCAGAACAAAUCAUCAAAUCAAAUCAAAUGUAUUUAUAUAGCCCUUCCUACAUCAGCUGAUAUCUCA